GCUGGACUUAGAGUUGGGAAUCUUCUCUGAGUCUGAAGCGUCCUGUCUGACAGGGUCUAUUGACAUUCAGGGACGUGGCCAUAGAAUUCUCUCAGGAGGAGUGGAAAUGCCUGGACCCUGCUCAGAGGACUCUGUACAGGGACGUGAUGGUGGAGAAUUAUAGGAACCUGGUCUCCCUGGAUAUCUCUUCCAAAUGCAAGAUGAAGGAGUUCUUGUCAACAGCGCAAAGCAAUAGAGAAGUGUUCCACACAGGGACAUUGCAAAGACAUGAAAGUCAUCAAAUUGGAGAUUAUUGCUUCCAGGAUGUUGAUAAAGAUAUUCAUGACUUAGAGUUUCAGUGGCAAGAAGAUGAAAGAAAUGGCCAUGAAGCACCCAUGACAAAAAUCAAAAAGUUGACAGGUAGUACAGACCGAUAUGAUCAAAGUCAUGCUGGAAACAAGCCUAUUAAAGAUCAGCUUGGAUUAAGCUUUCAUUCACAUUUGCCUGAACUACACAUAUUUCACACCGAAGAGAAAAUUGAUAAUCAACUUGAGAGGUCUGUCAAUGAUGCUUCCUCGGUUUCAACAACCCAAAGAAAUUGUUGUAGGCCCAAAACCCAUAUAUCUAAUAACUAUGGGAAUAAUUUCCAGAAUUCUUCAUUAUUUACACAGAAACAGGAAGUACAUAUGAGAGAAAAAUCUUUCCAAUGUAAUGACAGUGGCAAAGCCUUUAGUAAUAGAUCACUCUUAAGGAAACAUCAGAUAAUCCAUUUAGGAGAGAAACAAUAUAAAUGUGAUAUAUGUGGCAAGCUCUUUAAUCAGAAACAAUAUCUUGUAGACCAUCGUAGAUGUCACACUGGUGAGAAACGUUACAGUUGUAAUGAGUGUGGCAAGACCUUCAGUCAGACGUCAUCCCUUACAUACCAUCGUAGACUUCAUACUGGAGAGAAACCUUACAAUUGUGAAGAAUGUGACAAAGCUUUCCAUUUCAAAUCAAACCUUGAAAGACAUAGGAGAAUUCAUACUGAAGAGAAACCAUAUGAGUGUAAUGAGUGUGGGAAGACAUUUAGGCAGAAGUCAAUCCUUACAUGCCAUCGUAGACUUCAUACUAAAGAGAAACCAUACAAGUGUAAUGAGUGUGGCAAGACAUUUAGGCAGAAGUCAUCCCUUACAUGCCAUCGUAGACUUCAUACUGGAGAGAAACCUUAUAAGUGUAAUGAGUGUGGCAAGAACUUUAGGCACAAGUCAUCUCUUACAUGCCAUCGUAGACUUCAUACUGGAGAGAAACCUUACAAAUGUGAAGAAUGUGACAGAGCUUACAGUUUCAAAUCAAACCUUGAAAUACAUCAGAAACUUCAUACUGAAGACAAUCCUUACAAGUGUAAUGAGUGUGGCAAGACCUUUAGCCGAACGUCAUCCCUUACAUGCCAUCGUAGACGUCAUACUGGAGAGAAACCUUACAAAUGUGAAGAAUGUGACAAAGCAUUCCGUUUCAAAUCAAAUCUUGAAAGACAUAGGAGAAUUCAUACUGGAGAGAAACCAUACAAGUGUAAUGAGUGUGGCAAGACCUUUAGUCGGAAGUCAUACCUUACAUGCCAUCGUAGACUUCAUACUGGAGAGAAACCCUACAAGUGUAAUGAGUGUGGCAAGACAUUUAGUCACAAGUCAUCCCUCACAUGCCAUCGUAGACUUCAUUCUGCAGAGAAACCUUACAAGUGUAAUGAGUGCGGCAAGACCUUCAAUCAGCAGUUAACCCUUAGACACCAUCGUAGACUUCAUACUGGAGAGAAACCUUACAAAUGUGAAGAAUGUGACAAAGCUUACAGUUUCAAAUCAAACCUUGAAAUCCAACAGAAAAUUCAUACUGAAGAGAAUCCUUACAAGUGUAAUGAAUGUGGCAAGACCUUCAGCCGGACGUCAUCCCUUACAUGCCAUCGUAGACUUCAUACUGGAGAGAAACCUUACAAAUGUGAAGAAUGUGACAAAGCUUUCCGUGUGAAAUCAAACCUUGAAGGACAUAGGAGAAUUCAUACUGGAGAGAAACCAUACAAGUGUAAUGAGUGUGGCAAGACUUUUAGUCGGAAGUCAUAUUUUACAUGCCAUCAUAGACUUCAUACUGGAGAGAAACCUUACAAGUGUAAUGAAUGUGACAAGACCUUUAGUCAGAAGUCAUCCCUUAUAUGCCAUCGUAGACUUCAUACUGGAGAGAAACCUUACAAGUGUAAUGAGUGUGGCAAGACAUUUAGUCAGAAGUCAAACCUUACAUGCCAUCGUAGACUUCAUACUGGAGAGAAACCUUACAAAUGUAAUGAAUGUGGCAAGAACUUUAGUCAGAAGUCAUACCUUACAUGCCAUCGUAGACUUCAUACUGGAGAAAAACCUUACAAGUGUAAUGAAUGUGGUGAGGUUUUUAAUCAACAAGCACACCUUGCAGGUCAUCAUAGAAUUCACACUGGAGAGAAGACUUAG